AUGUCAUCUCAGCAUUCACGGAGGUCAAGCGCCUCCUCGACUGAAAUGACUAUCGGCCCCUACACACGACAUGGAAAGAUCGGAUCAGGGAGCUUUGCAACAGUCUAUCGAGGCACCCACGCGAAAUCCAAGACCUUCGUUGCAAUCAAGUCAGUGAACCUAUCGAAGUUGAAUAAGAAGUUGAAGGACAACCUUUCCUCCGAAAUCGAUAUCCUCAAGUGUCUGCACCACCCGCACAUCGUCGCACUGAUCGACUGCCAUGAGUCCACCUCACACAUCCAUCUCGUCAUGGAGUUUUGUGCCCUGGGGGACUUGUCACAAUUCAUCAAGAAGCGACAGUAUCUGGGUAAUCACCCCGAGACCCAAGAAAUGGUGGCCAAAUACCCAAACCCAGAUCACAAAAUCGCGGGCCUGAAUGAGGUGAUUGUGCGACAUUUCCUCAAACAACUUGCCAGUGCGCUGCAUUUCCUACGCGAGCGUAAUCUCAUCCAUCGAGAUAUCAAGCCUCAGAAUCUUCUCCUGUGCCCAGCCCCUACAACCUAUCGCGCUGGCCGCUCCCGGAUCAUUCCCUUGAAGGGCAGCGAGAACUCCUACGACCCGGCAACGGGACUGGAGUCUUUGCCUAUGCUCAAGAUUGCUGACUUCGGCUUCGCUCGUUCCCUGCCCUCUACUUCCUUGGCCGAAACCCUGUGCGGCUCACCCCUUUAUAUGGCUCCCGAGAUUCUUCGAUACGAGAAGUACGAUGCCAAGGCUGACCUCUGGUCCGUUGGCACGGUGUUAUUUGAAAUGGUGGAGGGGAGACCUCCAUUUCGGGCAUCGAACCACGUUGAGUUACUACGGAGGAUUGAGAAGGGAGAAGAUCGAAUUAACUUCGAACCGAAAAACCCGAUUUCAGAUGAAAUCAAGAAACUCAUCCGGGGUCUUUUAAAGCGGAAUCCCGUCGAACGCAUGAACUUCCCAGAAUUCUUCAACGACCCUGUCAUUGUAGGGCCAAUCCCGGGUCUGGUCGGGGAUGAUCUGCCCCAAGAGGAGCGUCGUCCUUCUAUCGACUUGCCUUUCCGCACUGGUGCCCAGCUUGACCAAAUUCAGCUCAACCCAAUUGUUCCGAAUGCCAGUAGAGAUAAUCCAUAUGGCACUGAGCCGGAAGAGCCUCCCUUAACAUACCCCCAACCCCAUCGAACAAGAUCAUCACGACCGAGAUCAGAAACUCCUCCCAGUGCUUCACCGAUGCGCCGUGUAGGAAGUGCAGAUCGACCAUCGUCAAGUGCUUCGAAAGACCAGGCACGAAGCGGAGCAGAUACUCCGCCUCAUCGACCCUCUGCACAUACCCAUGCGACAGCGCCGGGGCGACAAGAGCUUGUGGAUCGUCAUUCCACCGCAACUGCGAUGGAACGACAAAGAAGUCGAAACACCUAUGCCGGUACGAGCAAGACUGGCCAGGAGGAUCGAUCUCGAGAGGAACGUGAACGGGCUGCGCAGGAGGUUGCUUUUGAACGGGACUAUGUGCUGGUCGAGAAACGUGCAGUGGAGGUCAAUGCGUUUGCCGAUGAGUUGGCUCAUAGCCCCCGGAUCCAGGGUGGUUUCGGACGGGGACAACCUGGAUCUGUGUCUCGUCGUGCAACCACCCAAGGCCUGCCGUCUGUAAACUCAACAUCACCGCAUUCCAAGGCCCUGCAAAUGAUCCCUGGUCGAGCUCGAGCGGAUUCACUACACCAGCGUCAACACUCGUAUGAGCGACGAUAUGGACAAAGUCCGACGUCGGCAACAUCGGCUAUUUCCAAAGCCCUAAAUAUGGCUAGUGGUCGGCUGUUCAGUAUGGGGUUUUCACCACCCUUGGCUAUCACUAAAGGCGGCCGGUCGCCUCCGCUGGCAUACAACCCAUUUCCCGCCUAUCCUUCCGGGCAAGGGAGUCUGUUGCUUAUGGGUGAUGGUUCCAAGACUACUGAUGAGGAUUACAAGGCUGUACAGGUGAUUGAAGAGUGUGCGACUCGGAGCGAUGUUGUUUAUGGGUUUGCCGAGGUUAAAUAUAAACAACUCAUCCCCCUGGCUCCCUCAGCUCAGACGGAUCAGUCAGCAAGACCCAACACUGGUGCUGACCCCGAUUCCAACAAUGGCGACGAUGACGGGUUAACUGUGGAUGCCAUUGUCACGCUCUCCGAGGAAGCUCUCGUCUUAUACGUGAAAGCCUUGUCUUUGCUCGCAAAGUCUAUGGAUAUUGCAGGAGCUUGGUGGUCACGAAAGAAUCGAGAAGACGUCUAUGGCGAUAAUGGUCGAAAUGAUUCCACCGCGCUUGCCGGGACUCGGAUCAAUAACGUCGUGCAAUGGGUCCGGAGUCGAUUCAAUGAAGUCCUGGAGAAAGCUGAGUUUGUCCGACUGAAACUUAUGGAGGCGCAAAGACGGCUGCCUCUAGACCAUCCUAAUCACCUGGAUAACACCUCGGUUGGCUCGGCUGCCACAUCGACCGCAUCUGCAGAUGUCGUGGUUAGCUCCGGGGUAUCUGCCGAGAAGCUGAUGUACGACCGAGCAUUGGAAAUGAGCCGGGCUGCAGCUAUCAAUGAAUUGACUGGUGAAGAUCUCGGGGGCUGUGAGAUCGCCUACGUUACCGCUAUCCGUAUGCUCGAGGCAGUCCUCGACGACGACGGAUCGCGUACUUCUACAGGGACUGCCAGCGAUAACCAGAGUGCCGGCGACAGGGGAUCCCUCGAUGACUUGCAAGGGGAGGACCGGCAGGUAGUCGUCAAGCUGGUAUCCAGCAUGCGUGGCCGCUUGACAGCUCUUAGGAAGAAGCUUACCGUCCUUGCCAAACGUACAUCAACUGGCAAUAACGGUCGACUGCCAUCGUCCAAUUUGGUCCCCGUCUCUCAAGCGUCGGGCGCGACUCCUCCGCGGUGA